UGAUUUCUGAUUAUGUAAGCUCCUCUGCUAUAGUUUCAACUCUGUUGUUGCUGAAUCUUGGCCCCACUUUUCAAGCCUUCUCCUCCUAUAAAAACCCUUCAUUACAUAACCAAUGCUCUCCUACAUUCUCAGCUUUAUCUUCAAACUGAAGCCUCUUCAAACUAUAUUACUAUCACUUACUUAUUACCUUUCAUAUACAAUUAACUAUGAUUCCAUCAGAAGCUGCAGCACUUCACUACUUUGCUUCUGAAAAUACUUCACCUUUUCCUCUUGAUUUCAACUUCAUGCACAACAAUUUACCAUCACUACAGUUCAGCAGAUACUUAACCAAUCUACCAAAUUAUCCAACCACUUUUUCUGUUCAUGAUUUCAAUAAUCUUCCACCAUCUUGCAUCAGCGGUAACUCUACGUCUGAUGAAGCAGACGAGCAGCAACUUAGGAUCAUCGACGAGAGAAAGAAAAGGAGGAUGAUAUCUAAUAGGGAAUCAGCUAGAAGAUCAAGGAUGAGGAAACAAAGACACCUUGAUGAACUAUGGUCACAAGUUCUUUGUCUUAGGACGGAGAAUCGUAAUUUGAUCGAUAAGUUGAAUCAAGUCUCGGAUUGUCAUGAAAGAGUCCUUCAAGAAAAUGCAGAGUUAAAACAAGAGGCUUCCGAACUUCGUCAGAUGCUUACACAUCUCCAAAUUAACAGUCAUUUCCCUGAUUUAUUCGACCUCGACGAUGUUCCAUGCAACACUGCUCAUCUCAAAGCUGAAUCAUCAAACCUAUCCAUCACUCCCUGCACAAAUCUGCUUCACUGAAAAGAGAGAGAGAGAGCUGUUUUCUCUGUGUCAUUUUCUUCAUGUUGUUUAUUUUACAUGAAUGGCAAUGAGUCUUUAUUUCAGCAAAUGAGCAUCAUUUCAUAUA